AUGUCGCGCCAGACCCACGACGACUACGAAGACAGGGUCCGGUCCUGGGGCUUCCCGCACGUCUUUACCUGGACUGAUGCACCCGACGCCCAUUACCCGCCACACUCCCACGCCGGCCUGACGACGCACCUCAUCGUGCGCGGCCAGCUCACCAUUACCUACCCGCGGGACCCACGCCCCGAGCGGACGACGCACGGGGUCGGGGACCGCAUCGACGUCGACGCCGGCCGCGUCCACGAGGUCUGGAUCGGCCCCGAGGGCUGCACGUACGUCAUCGGCGAGUGA